AUGGCUGUUGUCGACGGCGAAAGCAUCUCGAUGCCGGUGGCGGUGGCCGCCUGCGUCGCUAUGGCAUUAUUCUACGUUUUGAUCCUUUACGCUCCCACCGUGAUUCUCCGCCUCCCGACGGCUUCUUCCUUCUUUGACUUCUUGAUUCGGCGAUUCAUUUGUGCGGCUAUUUCUACCGUCGUGUCUCUCGUCUUCACAGCUUUUAUACUUCCGAUAAAAAGCAGGGAGACAUCUUUUAUACUUGGAGUUUAUGGCAUAAGGACAGAUCAUGUGUGGCAAGGAGUGGUGUAUCCUCUUCUACUGACCUCACUCAUUUAUGCCGGAUCUUUGGUCUCGAAAUUGUUGUUGCUCCUGGAAUCAUGGAGGGAAAACGGUGGAGGAUGCAGUUUAUUUAACGAUAUCAACAGCUUUGUCCAAACAACCCCCGCUUGGGUACUCGCAGCUGCUUCUAAUGUUUCCGUUUGGCGCAAUUUUGUUGUGGCACCAGUAACUGAGGAGCUGGUUUUCCGAGCCUGUAUGAUACCUUUACUUCUAUGUGCUGGAUUUAGGAUAUACAGCGCCAUCUUUCUCUGUCCAGUUCUCUUUAGCUUGGCCCAUUUGAACCAUUUUAGAGAGUUAUACAUCAAGCAUAACCGCAGCUACCUCAAGGCCUCACUGAUUGUUGGUCUUCAGCUUGGCUACACAGUCGUUUUUGGUUCAUAUGCAUCGUUUCUCUUCAUCAGAACAGGACAUAUCACUGCUCCUUUGUUUGCUCAUAUAUUCUGCAAUUACAUGGGAUUGCCUGAGCUACACGCACGAGGAAAAGGUUUGGUGAGUGCAGCGUUCUUGGUGGGUGUGGUUGGUUUCGUCUUACUUCUCUUUCCUUUAACAGAGCCUCUCAUGUACAACGAUAGAACCAACGAUUGUCCGUGUUGGCUUGGGUACUGUAUGUGGAAUUGA